AUGCGCUACAAGAAAAGAUUCAACUCACUGAUGAAUUUAUCGUAUGGCACAAUGACAUUACUAAAUGUCAUCAUUGGGCUGGUCGCUUAUCUCUCGUUUGAAUCUAAUACUCACGAAGUUGUCACUAAUAAUCUGCCAGAAGGUUCAUUCCGUCUUUCCGUCAACGUUAUGGCGGCCGUGUUAUCCUUCACAUCAUACACGCUGCCAAUGUUCACAAUUUUUGAAAUCGUGGAAAACUCUAACCUCCCUUGCCUACCGAUGGAUUUUGGUAAAUCUGUGUUAAGUCCAUCCGUUAUCGCUUUUCGCUUGUGGAUGGUAACGGUCAGUGUUUUAUUUGCGGCUACUUUUCCCGCCUACACUUAUCUGCUAGCUUUUGUCGGCAGCAUUGCGGGAAUUAGUUUGGAGUUUAUUUUUCCUCCUCUUUUCCACCUUAAGAUUUACUCGUCAGAAAUGUCCUGGUACAGUUUUUUACUGGAUGCUGUCAUCCUACUUGUUGGGAGUGCUGUGUUGGUCACCGGAUCUAUAUUUUCGCUGCGUUCAAUAAUUCAAGCCUACAGCAAUCCUGUCAGUGGUAAUUGCGCCUGA